AUGGGAAAACCAAGCAGAGUGAACCAAACUGCUAUUUCAGACUUCUUCCUUCUAGGACUCUCUGAGCAGCCAGGGGAGCAACCUCUCCUAUUUGGCGUUUUUCUGGGCGUGUACCUGUUCACCAUGACAGGGAACCUGCUCAUCAUCCUGGUCAUCAACUCUGACCCACACCUUCAUACUCCCAUGUACUUCUUCCUGGCAAACUUAUCAUUAACUGAUGUCUGUUUCACCUCUGCUUCAAUACCCAAAAUGCUGGCCAACAUUCAUACCCAGAGUUGGACCAUCUCCCAUUCUGGUUGCCUUGCACAGCUGUAUCUCCUCCUUGUGUUUGGUGGCCUCGACAACUGCCUUCUGGCUGUGAUGGCAUAUGACCACUAUGUGGUCUACUGUCAGCUACUCCAUUACAGCACAGCUAUGAGUCCCCAACUUUGUGCACUAAUGCUGGGUGCUAACCAACUGCCCAUGUGCUGGGUGCUAACCAACUGCCCUGCCCUGGUGAACACACUGCCUCUGACCCGUGUGGCCUUCUGUGCCCACAAAGCCAUCCCUCACUUCUACUGUGAUCCUAGUGCUCUACUGAAGCUUGCCUGCUCAGAUACCCGCAUUAAUGAGCUGAUGAUCAUCACCAUGGGCCUGAUGUUCCUCACGGUUCCCCUCAUGCUGAUUGUCCUCUCCUAUGUCCACAUUUCCUGGGCUAUGUUUGGCGUCUCAUCUCCUGGAGGGUGCUAGAAAGCCUUCUCUACCUGUGGUUCUCACCUCACAGUGGUUCUGCUGUUCUAUGGAUCUCUUAUGGGUGUUUAUUUAUUUCCUCCAUCAACUCACUCUGCAGAAAGUCAAAGCAGGGAUGCCAUUCUCUAGGUGAUUAUCCCCAUGCUAAAUCCAUUCAUCUAUAGCUUGAGGAACAGAGAUAUGAAGGAGGCCUUGCGUAAACUAUUUGGCAAUUGAAAAACAUUCCUCUCACCAUGA